UGCUGUGAUGUUAGCUCUUCAGUGGGUGGAAGAUGUAAAACAAAAGACCAAAGGGAGAAUAGUAUAUAAUAACAGGAAGGAAGAUUCAAUUAUUACUUGCAUCUGAAUAUGGCAUUCUACUCUAAAUUAUUAAUUAUUCAUAAUAGUAAAACAUGAAACAGAACAAUCUAAUAGUUGUGGCCAAGCAGAGAGAAUAGGGCAUGCACUAAAAAACUGUACAGUGCUAAAAAAAAUAAAAUAAAAUAAAAAGAAAGGACAGUGCUAAUUAAAGUAGUAAGAAAUAUGGGUGAAGAAACAUUUAACUUAAAAAAUUACAAGAAUCACAAGGGGGAAAAUACAGUGUAAUAUUAAGCUAUCUUAAAAUAAUAUGGAUCGAAUUUAAAAUAAUUUUUUUAACGGCCUAGUAAUGCUCCACACUCCAGUCCAGUCGGUGGUGCUAAUGCCCUGAAGGCUGGUUUGCCAACCGUCGUAAACUCUCAUAUGAAGAAGAAGUAGCAGAAGACGAGACCAGUGGAGUUCGUGUGGGUGAGCACUUACUAUUCAGUAUAAAGAAUGGCCUGACGUAAUAUCUGGACUACAAAGCUGAGCUCCACCAGCAGUUGGAGGUUGUACAACACAACCACCCAUCACUCUGGAUAUCUGUUUUGAAACUUGACCACCUCCAGCAACUAUAAAGAGAUAAUGUACUGCCUCCAGUGGUUACUUCCCGUCCUGCUGAUCCCAAAGCCGCUGAACCCAGCUCUGUGGUUUAACCAUUCAAUGUUCAUGGGUUUCUACUUGCUUAGCUUCCUGUUGGAAAGGAAGCCAUGCACCAUUUGUGCCUUAGUGUUCCUUGCAGCAUUGUUCCUCAUCUGUUACAGCUGCUGGGGGAAUUGCUUCCUUUACCACUGCCAUGACUCUCCACUGCCAGACUCAGCACAUGAUCCCAACAUUGUGGGUACCUAGACUCCAGAGCCUCAAGAAAUCCUCCUCAAUGCAUCUUGGACAAACCCUGGACAGUGUCUGACUGUGAACGAUCAAAUAUCUAAUGAGAAAUGCUGAGAAAUUUGCAGAAGAGAGCCUCACUGAAGUCAUACUUUAAUCACAAACUAACUUGCUGUCAAUUUAUUUUUCAUUCUGUAAGGCAAAGCAGUUUCAAAUCUUGGUCCAACUUGGUUGUUUGUAUGGUUCUUCUGUUUAAAAUUUUCAGCCCAAAUUUCCUUUAAUUAAUUGGAUGCUGAAAGAUUCUGAUGUGUGAGCAUGUAUGAGUUUUAUCAUAUAACUUUCUGUUCUUGUCAGUCAGUUUAAGUCCCAGGGUCUGUGAUGACUUCAGUGGUGGUGAAUGUCCAAACUGUGCUUAUUAGGGCUCAGUAAUGAGUUGUACUUGUGUGCAGCCGAGUUUGUUCAAAGGCCGCUGCAGCUUUUAAUUCAAUAAAGUUCAUAAU